AUGACACAUUGCAGCAAGCCAUACAGAGAUAGUCCUCUUAAUGAAACCGAUAUCGUCGAUGUCUCUUUUGCCAGCGAAAACCUGACGGUAAUAGAUACAAACGACAAAACUAAGAAGAAGAGAAGAGACCUGAACAUGGAGACUGAUCUCAGUAUAGACGUCAUCGUGCUGCCUUUUGAAAAGACAAAAUCCGGUCGUCCAAUGCCUCCGGCUACGCAUAUUUGCGUCUCACGGACCGCUUCAAUCCUGCUUCUACUGGCCAGCAUAAUCACAACGGCUCUUUUCGUGGUCGUUACGGUCAUCGUCAGCAGACGAUCGCCUUCCUAUCAGAAAGCCAUGGAUGCGUUCCAUUAA